UGAAUGACUCUUUCCUGGCUCCUGAAAUAGUGCUGGGUGUUGCCUGCUGGUGAGAGCUGCGUGUCAGGCCACAAAAGCCCGUGCAGUUUAUUCAGGAGAGUGGAGCAGGGUGAUGUGCUGACUCGUGAGUGAGGAGGAGGCAGGACUUCACUGCCAAGUCACUCUUCCAGGCUUACCUUUACUUGCGCCUGUUUGUUCAAGAGUGUUUUCCAGCUCCGAUGACUUCCUCUAUCUCAGCCUGGAUUUGGAGCGAGAGAUUUUGGCUUCCCGAGAAUGUGUCCUGGGCGGAUCUGGAGGAGCCUCCACCUGGAGUGGAGUAUCCCAGACUGGGACACAUGCUGUAUGCGCUGCCUCUGGCUGGCGGAGUUUUACUACUGAGGCGGCUGUUUGAGAGGCUGGUGGCCAAGCCCUGUGCCCACAUACUUCAGAUUCAAGGGGGAGUGCCUCGGCGAGCUCAGCCCAAUGCUGUCCUGGAGAGGCUGUAUCAGUCCAAAACGUAUGCAGACACGAAGCAACUGGAGGGACUCACUAAGCAGCUGGACUGGGAUGAACGGAAAAUACAGAGAUGGUUUCGUGUCCGUCGGAACCAAGACAGGCCCAGCACUCAGAAAAAGUUCUCUGAAAGCAUGUGGCGAUUCACCUUUUACCUGCUGAUUUUUAUCUAUGCCAUUUGCCACCUGUGGAGGUCACCUUGGAUGUGGGACACCAGACAGUGUUGGCACAACUACCCUUUUCAGGGUCUGAGUCCUGGACAGUACAAUUACUAUGUUGCUGAGCUGGCUUUCUAUUCUUCUUUGAUGUUUUCCCAGUUCACAGACAUUAGACGUAAGGAUUUCGUCAUCAUGCUUGUCCACCACCUGGCCACCAUAUUCCUCAUCACGUUCUCCUACGCCAACAACAUGCUGAGAGCUGGUAGUUUGGUCAUGUGCGUACACGAUGCAUCAGACAUCUUCCUUGAGGCAGCCAAGCUGGCUAACUAUGCUAAGUACCAGAGGCUAUGUGACAGCUUGUUUGUGGUGUUCAGCUUAAUCUUUUUCCUCACUCGACUCAUCAUCUUUCCUUUCUGGAUUGUGUCCAGCGUUCUUUUUGAGAGCUGGGAGAUUGUCGGGCCGUAUCAGGCGUGGUGGCUGUUAAAUGGGUUGCUUCUGGUCCUGCAGACUCUUCACAUCAUCUGGUUCUACCUCAUUACUCGGAUUGCUAUCAAGGCCAUUUUCAAGGGAAAGGUGUCAAAGGAUGACCGCAGUGACCUAGAGACCAGCUCAGAGGAGGAAAAUAACUCCACUAGCAGUAAAAUACCAAAUCAGACUCCAAAACUUAAUGGAGAAAGUCAUGACCAUUGAGGUGAAGGAGGGUGUGGGGGCAGGGCCAUCUGUCCUUCAUGCGGUGCUGUCAGUAAUUUCUUACGUCUCAGUGAGACCCAGUUUUACAGUGACCUUUUGGGGGGGGAAAAGGCACUGACAUGUUCAUGUGUGGCGUAUAGACUUAGUAUUGCCUUAAAGAGUUUUUCACCUGUUGGCUCAGCAGAGCAGAGAGGAAUGUUUGUGAGUGAGAAGUGCAGCAAUUGUUCUUCUUACAAUGCUACUGUAUAUUCAUGUAAAUAGAUUUUCUUUUUGGAAUAUUUCACUGCUGUAAACCAAAUCACUGUGUCUGACAAAGAUUUCAGAUGCAUUAGAUUGGAUCUUAAUGCUUUAUCUCAUGUGCUUGUUUCCAAAUGCCAAACAUCUCAAAGGUUUCUUGAUAAAAGAUGAAUGCAUCAAA